GGAAGGAAAACCAAACACAAAGAGGAGUCCAUACAAUAUUGUACUUUUUCAACUUGCUGGUUAAGGAAUCGUGUGGGAUUCAUAGUUACAAAAGCGGAACUUUACAUUGGCUGACAAAGCAUGCCCAAAGUCCCAAACAACAAACAAUUACAAACCAACCAGCAGCUGAGUUAGAGUUAGUCGAAGACCAGAAGUCACGAGUGAACAUAGUUACUACAGACUCGAGCGAAAGGAGAAAAAGCUGCAUCGUCCGACAUCCUUUGAUCUAGAUCCUACGGUUGUCGAACGUAGAUCGAACUUGUUAAACCUCAGAGAAACAUACUGCGAUGACCGGCAGUGGAGGCGACGCGCCACUGCCACCCACCGCUAAUGGUGGCGAGUUUCUCCUUUCUUUACUCCAAAAGCCCCAACCACAUCAUCAACAACAACAAUCUCCAUUACUCUCUAAAGUGACUCCCGUGACGAUGCCUCGACCACAAGCGCAACCACAACCGCAACAGCAACAGCAACAGCAACAGCAACAGCAACAGCAGCCACUGCUAGCCAUCGAUCCUGCCGUUGCAGCUGUGGGGCCCACACUGUCUUUCCUUCCUUCUUGGUCAUCGAAUGGACGCGAUCUCCCGAGUCCGUGGCCCCAUACACUCUCUACGCCUUUCGCUCCUAAUUUUCUAGGGUUUCCGCAAAACCCUUGGUCUUCAGCGGGAAACCAAUUCACCGGCAAUCAAGGAGCUUUUAUCGAUGAUAACAAAUCUAGGUUAGGGUUUCCAGGGAUCGAUAAUAAUAACAACAAUCACGUGAUCCAGAACCUGGUCCAGCAAAAGCAUCAGGAGCAAAAGAUCGUCUUUGGUUCUUUGCCUAGCCAUAUUCAAACCCUUCAAAAGCCUGAGGGUUUACUUAAUGGGAAUUUCCUUGAAAAUUCGAAGUUGAAUUUAUCAAAACAGCAAUUGGAGCCGAGGCUUAAUUCCAAUGCAAAUUCGAGUCCAUACGCCUUUCAACAUCGAAAUUCUGGUGAAAGAGGAAAGCAACAGCAGCAUGUUGGGAAUUACAGGCCUACCCCAUCAGCGGAAACUCCAAGACCGCCUCCAGGGUUUUCAGGAAAGUCUAGGGGAGGAGGUGGAGGAAGUCGAGAUUUUGGAAACACCAGGAGGCAAGUUGAGCAAAAUGUAAAUAAAUUAAAAGCUGAAUACAGUCAGUUGAGUGGUGACAAUGAGAUGGGGCUUCGUGGGCAGCUUGAUCGCCCGCUGCCGGCAGGGAGUAAUCUGCAGUCUGUUCCGGCUACUGAUGUUGAUAGCGAUGGUGGUAGAGAUGGGUUUCCAAGGCGUGAUAAGUUUAGGAGGGAAGAUGGUGGCGAAGUGGAUGAAGUUGGGGAAAAGCUUCUUGAGUCUUUGUCGAUAGAGGAAAACUCUGAUGAUAAGAAUGAUAAGAAGCAGCAUCGUCGUGAGAAGGAAUCCAGAAUAGAUAGCAGGGGGCAAAGGCCACUUAGCCAGAGGUUGAGAAUGUUAAAAAGGCAGAUGGAGUGUCGCAGUGACAUUCACAGGCUAAUUGCACCUUUACUUGCUAUUUAUGAGUUGCUUAUACCGCCUGAGGAGGAAAGAGCCAAGCAGAACCAAUUAUUGGCAUUACUUGAGAAACUAGUUUGCAAAGAGUGGCCAAAAGCAGGGUUAUAUCUUUAUGGAUCAUGUGCCAACUCUUUUGGGGUUUCAAAGAGUGAUAUUGAUGUCUGUCUGGCGUUUAAUGAGGACAUCAAUAACAAGUCUGAAAUCUUGUUGAAGUUGGCAGAUAUUUUGCGGUCAGAUAAUCUUCAGAAUGUGCAGGCACUGACUCGUGCUAGGGUCCCCCUAGUCAAGCUUAUGGAUCCGGUGACUGGAAUUUCCUGUGACAUAUGCAUAAACAAUAUUUUGGCUGUAGUAAAUACUAAGCUUCUAAAGGAUUAUGCAAAGAUAGAUGCAAGAUUACGACAGUUGGCUUUUAUUGUGAAACAUUGGGCCAAGUCCAGAGGAGUGAAUGAAACUUACCAAGGAACUCUAUCUAGCUAUGCGUAUGUUUUAAUGUGCAUUCAUUUCUUACAGCAACGUAGACCUGCUAUCCUUCCAUGCUUGCAGGGGAUGGAGACAACCUACUCUGUCACUGUGGAUGAUGUUGAGUGUGCUUACUUUGAUCAAGUUGAAAAACUUCGUGAUUUUGGAUCUUCUAACAAGGAAACUGUUGCUCAACUGGUGUGGGCAUUCUUCAACUAUUGGGCAUAUGGUCAUGAUUAUGCAAAUUCAGUAAUAUCUGUCCGCACAGGAAGGAUAAUCAGCAAGCGAGAAAAAGACUGGACAAGGAGAAUUGGCAAUGAUCGUCAUUUAAUCUGUAUAGAGGAUCCCUUUGAGACAUCUCAUGACCUUGGCCGAGUGGUGGACAAGUUCAGCAUUAGAGUUCUAAGAGAAGAGUUCGAACGUGCUGCUGAUAUCUUGCAGUAUGACCCAAAUCCUUGUGUGACACUCUUUGAACCUUAUGUUCCUAGUUAACUAAACCUUGUUCAGGUGUGUUAAAUGUAGCAAUGGUUAAGCUUAUUUGGCUUUGUAGUGUGCUUCCUCUCACCCCCAUCUUCAAUUUUGUCAUUGGGUUCUUAGUAUUGUAUUUAGGGCUUUCGGCUUUGUUUAUGCCCAUCAAUAUAAAGAACAUCAUGUUUAUGAAACUUCCCUCGUUUCAGUUUUUUAGUUUCUCUAUAGCCUUAUAUUAAAUUACAUUUGUAAUUGGAUCAUAUCUAGGGUUGCUUCUGCCAAUCUUUUAAAAUAUUCAUUUAAAUUUUCCUCUCAAGCUAACGACAAAUGCAUUAAAACAGGUAGUCGAAGCUAGGGGUUGCCUACUCAACGUUGUGGUCACAUUCGUCGAAAAGUUAAAUUAAAAAAAAAAUGUGGGAACUCUUAUAUCGGGGAAAAAUUAUUUCUACUUGUCAAUGUUCUUAGCCCUUUCUGAUUUCUACUAUUAUUACUCUUCUUUUUGCUUUUGCAUUUAAUAAUCACUAGAAUUAAAAAUUUA